UUGUAUUUGACUUCUUCACUUUUGUUGCCAUUAUUUUUUUAAGCUCUUUCAUUACACACAUAUUCGUGUAAUUUUUAUCGUUGAAAUUUGUCAAUUAAAAUAUUUAAUACUAUACCGUCUAAAAUAUACAAUGUCUCGAAAUUAUACAUCUCCCUAUGCUAAGCCACUUCAUCAAUAUCCUUCUCAAUCAGAGGAUUACAUAUCACUAGAGAUUGGCGGCCCAGGUACAUGUUCCACACCCGCACGACCGCAUUACAACAACCUGAAUAUUAAAGGCAGCGGUGGAAACUUCUACCAGAAUAAACAAAGAGGUCGUGGAGGUCAACAAAAUCGGUUUUCGGGGGGAUGGCAAAGUAAUCGGCACAGCACUAGCGGGUAUGGAAUGCAAUGGCAACAGACACCACGAAACUGCGACCCUACGGAGCGACAAUGGCGUGGUGGUGGACACAGACAACGGAACAGUAGACAAUCUUUUAAUUGCAAAGUGAAGGAUGUAUCGGCGUACGUGCAUAAGUCCAUGCUGGAAGAUCCAUGGAAGGACUUAAUGGAAAGAAGAGAUGCGAUCAAAAGAAGCGAGAUAAACCUGCCAACUCCUGCCCAGCAAAAUGAUCAAAUUCCAAUAUUCGCAAACACAGGAGAAAGCGACAGCGAGGAUAUAGAAGCUAAUAUGUAUAACGCUGGUAAUGAAGGUUAUAUUGUUACAGGGAGUCCGUAGCACUAAUGAAUUCUAUAUUAUAUUAUGUAUAUAUUACAUACAAAAUAACGAGAUUAUUAUAAAAUACAAUAUUUGUAAAAUAUUAAUUUAUGCAAUCUAUGUACAUUUGAAACUUAAAGCUAACGACUACUGUCGUUAUAAUCCAUA